AUGGAUUCCUUUACAGCCGAUCUGACGAUUCGCCCGCGUAGCGACGACCAAAUGGACAUUUUUGAAGAGAUGCUCCGUACCGCAGACCUUCCCAAUGAUCCUCUGCUCCCUGGUUUUUCGCCGAAUGAGUUGAAGAAGCGAUACGAGUAUGCUGGGAAGAUCGAGGACGAACUCACCGAUAUGUACCCUGGUUACCAUCUGAGAACUGAGCACCUAAUGACAAUUCUUAUGGUUGAUCUGAAAUUCUUUGAGUCUGGAGGCGGACUUUCACCAGACACAUGCGACCCUGACGAUCUAAAGGUACGACUGGAAAGUGUCUCACCAUUUUGCAAACACUACAUGCUUCACCGUGACCCGGACAACAUUAAGCCGACAGACCCUGCCUUGGAUGCGGAUGACCCUAUUAACCUCAAGACGCUGCGAUGGGCUCAUGCUAUACCUGGAAUCCCCGAGGUGCAUCCAGAUUUCACCUACGAGAUGGUCGAAAAUGAGGAACACGAGCAGAUUCGAAAGUCGAUAAUCUGGGCCGGGCGUUUCAAAACCAACCCAACCCUCCCGACUGUUAUUCCCAGUAUACAGGAGCAGGCUAAGUGUCUUGAACGGGAUGGGCACAGGUGUGUUGUGACAGGCGCACCCGACCCUCAGGUGUUCUGGUUCAUUCCCAAGACAUGGAACGACACACCCAGGCACAAUGAUGACAUUGGAAAUCUCUCCGGAGGAUGUACUAUCUUAACCGAUAUGAGCCUUCUGGAAGAUUUUCACAGCAAUACAGAGCUUGGCAAGACUCAUAGGGCCUGGAAUAUGAUCUCUAUUCAUAAAGACCUGUAUGACGCUCUUGCAAAAGGCCUCUGUGCAUUCCGGUACAUAGACCGACAGCCCCUUGAUUACGAAAACGUUACAGUCGAACUGCAAUUAUAUUGGAUGCCCAAACUUUCUGGACGAUUUAACCAGGUCUUCAAGGUUGGGUCCCUUUUGUCCUUCAUCACUAACAUUUUUGAACUCAUCCACGAGUUUCUCAGACAACCCAGCAUCCAUCCCGACUACAGCAACUUGACUACAAAGUCUGGCCAACAGCUUUUAUCCGGCACAUCUUUCCAUGUAACGAUUCCGGGAAAAGAUGCCGACAAAUUUGAGUCUGUGGUCAAGAUUCAGUGGGGUUGUAUCAUGUUUGCAGCUCUUUGUGGUGGCGCCGGGCGCGCUUGGUACCUGACUGGCAUGGAUCAAAGCGAUGAAUCGAUGCAGACGAGGGACAAAGAAUUCAGUGAUGAUAGCAAGGUAUCGUAG